AUGGAACCAAGGAGGGUAUCAGUCUGUGCGCUCGGGCUCAAAAACGACGAAAUCGAUGAGCUCGCCGCCGACGCGGUGGUGUGGGCGACGCAGCACGGGCUGGUGAUGGGCGCCAAGUCCGGCGGGACGGCGCCGGAUCUGGCCGGGUCGGGCGUGCAGAUCACGACCGUGCACGCGCCCGUGUCGCUGUCGCCCGUCGCGCUGCCGCGGCGCGAGUACGAGCGCGCGCUGGCGCUGUCGGGCGUGAUCUCGAGCCUGAUGGACGCGGUCUCGCGGGACCGCGCGUACCUGCGCGAGACGCUGGAGGUCGCGGCGCAGGAGGACCCGUUCACAGGCGACCUGCUGAAGCUCAUGAACGACAUCGAGGCCGAGGUGGGCCCGGAGCGCAUGGUGGACCCCGUGACGCUGCUCAUGACGCGCUCCGACUACAUGCUCGACGAACCGUCGACGCGGAUGCUCCAGGUCGAGAUCAACAUGAUCGCGGCGAGCUUCGCCUCCCUGUCCACCCUCGUCUCGCGGCUCCACCGCUACCUCGCGCUGCGACACCCCGGGAUCCUCGCCGGGGACGCCGACGCGAAUAAUCUCCCGGAGAACGAGCCGCUCGCGGGGUUCGCGGACGCCAUGGGCGAGGCGGUGCGGCGGUACUGCGCACACAAGGGCUGGGAGGCGCCGCGGCCGGGCGCGAGCAGCGCGCCGGACGCGCCGAUCGUGCUGAUGGUCGUGCAGCCCGGGGAGCGGAACGCCUUCGACCAGCAGUGGAUCGCGAGCACGCUCUGGGAGCGCCACGGCGUGCGGACCGUCCGCAAGCUGUUCAAGGAGGUCGCGGCCGAGGCGCAAGUCGGGUCCGACGGCACGCUGACCCUCGGCGGCCGCCGCGUCGCGCUGGCGUACCUGCGCGCGGGAUACACCCCCGCGGACUUUGUCACCGAGUCCGACUGGCAGGGGCGGCGCGUGCUCGAGGUGUCCGACGCGCCCAAGGUCCCGAACCUCGCGCAGCAGCUCGCGGGCACGAAGAAGGUCCAGCAGGACCUCGCGCGCCCCGGCGUUCUCGAGCGGUUCCUGUCUGACCAGGACGCGGGGGGACUUCGCGCCGUGUUUGCGGGGCAGUGGUCGUUCGAGGAGUUCGACGGGGCCGAGGCGCGCGGGGUCAUCGCGAAGGCGCUGGAGAACCCCGACGCGUACGUGCUGAAGCCGCAGCGCGAGGGGGGCGGGAACAACCUGUACGGGGAGGACGCGGCGAAGGUGCUGCGGGCGGGCGGGAGGAAGCUGGGCGCGUACAUUCUCAUGGAGCGGAUAAGGCCGCCCGUGAACAAGACGCUGUUCCUGCGGGAGGGGGUGUGGGCGGAGGGGGACUCGCUGUCGGAGGUGGGGGUGUACGGCGCGUACGUGCGUGUGGGCAGCGACGCGCCCGCUGUCAAUUGCGCUGCGGGGACGCUGAUUCGGACCAAGCUCGAGAGCAGCAACGAGGGCGGCGUCGCGGCGGGCUUCGCGGUGCUGGACUCGCCGCGGCUGACGUGA